CCUCCUCUCCUCCCCCUCCGAGAUGGAGACGACGCCGGAGACUCAGUCCAAGACUCACCAAAGCGGGUCUAACCGUGUACCGGCGGGAAGAGAGGAUUGGUGGAGCGAAGACGCGACGGCGACAUUGAUCGAAGCUUGGGGAGAUCGUUACGUCAAUCUUAACCGUGGAAAUCUCCGGCAAAACGAUUGGAAAGAACAUCGUAAAGUUGAAGAUGUAGAUCCGAGUGAAGGAUCAGCCUUUAGGGAAUUAGCGAGAUCGAUUCUGAAGUUAGGGGAAGCGUUUGAAAGAAUUGAGGGUAAGAAGCAGCAGAUGAUGAUUGAAUUGGAGAAACAGAGAAUGGAAGUUGCAAAGGAGCUUGAGUUACAACGAAUGAAUAUGUUGAUGGAGAUGCAAUUGGAGCUUGAGAAAUCUAAACUUGGGAAACGAAGAGCUGCUUCAGGUAAGAAGUUGUAGGAUUAUAGAUUGUGGAGGAGUUACUGUGAUGAAGCAAGGAGCAAUGGUUGGAUUUAAAGCUCAUACGAAUUGGAGAAGAUGUUAUUAUUAUUAAUCUUUAGGUUUUCUUAAGUUAUAGCGAUGCUUUUUCUUCUUCUUUUUCAUUUUUCUUCUUUAGCAUUGUAGAGCACAUUGGUAGUAGCAAUGCGGAUUACCGAAAGAACUCUCAUAGUAUCUGACAUAUCAAGAUGUACUUUUGUGAAGUAUCAAUGUAUGAUGGUUUGUGUAUCACUGCCUGCAGUUCCAAAGAGUGCUCAUAUCUCAUUUUGUGAUCUGCAAUUAGUCUUUUGCUUAAUCAGGUUUCAGGAAUGCCUACAGACUUAACAAGAUG